UCUACUUCCUCUUUCACAGUGGCAGUCAGCGAGGGACACCAUGAAGGCGUCUGGCACACUUAGGGAGUAUAAAGUUGUGGGCCGUCUGUUGCCCUCUGCCAAGAACCCAUCUCCACCUUUGUAUCGCAUGCGGAUCUUCGCCCCUAACCAUGUGGUGGCCAAAUCCCGCUUCUGGUAUUUCGUCUCCCAGCUAAGGAAGAUGAAGAAGGCCUCCGGAGAAACUGUUUACUGUGGCCUGGUACAUGAGAAGUCUCCCUUGAAGGUGAAGAACUUUGGUAUCUGGCUGCGCUAUGACUCUCGCAGUGGCACCCACAACAUGUACCGCGAGUACAGGGACCUGACCACCUCUGGGGCUGUUACUCAGUGCUACCGGGACAUGGGAGCUCGCCACCGCGCUCGUGCUCACUCUAUCCAGAUCAUGAAGGUUCAGGUGAUCGCAGCCAACAAAUGUCGCAGACCUGCCAUCAAGCAGUUCCAUGACUCCAAGAUCAAGUUCCCUCUGCCCCACAGGGUCCUGCGUCGCCAACACAAGCCCCGUUUCACAACCAAACGACCAAACACCUUCUUCUGAAGUGUAUAAAUGUUUUUCAGUACAUCUGGGGAAUAAAAAAAGAAAUUACAAAAUUCAA